UUUUACAUUUAUUCUCUUUUAAUUCCAAUUCCGCUGUUAAGUCGCCAAACAUUCGGCUUAUUUUAUAAGGACCCAGCCAGUCGCAAUCAAAUUUAGAAGUUCUAGGCUCCUUGAGUAGAUAUACCAUAUCGCCUACUUUAAAUUUACAUGGGUUUAAUUUCUUAUCGUAGUAACCCUUACUUCUCUGUUUUGCUUUCUCUAGAUUUCGCGCAGCCAUAGUCUGUGUGGUGGUGAUUUUAUUGAAAAGCUCCUCAAAAUGCUGUGCAAAAGUUCGAGGCGUUUGUCCCUUGGCAAAUUCAGAAGUGAACCUAAAGACUGAGGAUGGAAAGCUGUUGAAGUUAUUCUUUGAAUCUUGAAAAUCCUACAGAAAUGUUUCAUCACCUGACUAGUGAAAUUCCUUCCCUGGUCAGUAUGGAUUACCCUGUGGACACCCAAUCUGCUAAAAAAUUGCUCAGUAAAUGCAUGAGCGACUGUUUUCGUGUCGAUGGUUCUCAAAGAAACUGUUACCGAGGUCACGAUCCCUUUGGGAAUCCCAGUGCCAACUUGUCCACGCUGCCUAGUUUCCUUACUAAGGCAUUCCACAACAUCAACCCUAGGACCAUGCAAGCAUGUAUUCACGCACGCUGGGCAAAUAAAUGGCCUGUCGGGUUGAAAACAUUUUCCCGUGCCGCACCCGCAUGUACAUCUGGGGUGGAUUUCACGGUGGGUCCAGCAUAUCCACUAGCUGCGACCUCAUUCUCACACUCACCCGAAACCACUCUUCGAAGUGAGGACAACCACACAGUAAACCACACAGUAACGGGGAUCACACCCCUGCGCUGGCACAAGCUGCACCGGGACCACACAGGCACCCAAAUAGGAUGAUCCCUUCAGAGAUUUAAAUAAACUUCCUGAUGAUACUACUUCCAAAUACAAAGUUCCUUGCACUUUGUUA